AUGACAUCAAUUAACUCCUUCACGCCCACCGCCAAACUCUACGAGCCGAUUACUGCGACCGCCCCAACUAAGUACAAGAUCUCCGUCGUAACGAUGCCUGAAACUAGCGUUCGGCGCGUGGAUCCUCAGAAACUGGGGAAGAUCACAUUCAAGAAGUCGGAGGACUCAAUCGACGAAUGGGACAUAGAAUACGACAAUACAGAGGGUGAGGCUAAUGCCGGAACACUGAAGCAAGCAGCGGAGGAGCUUGUGAAUAAGAACACCCCGGUCGCCUUUCCAACAGAGACCGUAUACGGACUUGGCGCGGAUGCGACAAGAAGCGCGGCGGUAAAGGAGAUCUUCGCGAUUAAAGGACGACCAGCCGACAACCCUUUGAUUGUCCAUAUACACUCUUUACCUCAGCUACGAUCGCUACUUCUGGGCAAAUUAGACGUUGUGGGAGACGGCAAAGAUGCUGGAAAGGAUCCCAUUCCGGAUAUCUACCGGCCGGUGAUUGAGCGCUUCUGGCCUGGACCGCUUACUAUCAUUCUACCGGCCCCUGAGAAUUCGAUCCUCGCACCAGAGGUGACAGCAGGUCUUCCGACUUUUGGCGCACGAAUGCCGCGUUCUAUCAUCGCCUUGUCCUUGUUACGGCUAUGCGGUCGCCCACUCGCCGCACCAUCCGCAAAUGCGUCCACACGACCUUCGCCCACUGCUGCGGAACACGUUUACGACGACUUGAACGGCAAACUAAACCUGAUAAUCGAUGGCGGGCCAUGCGAAGUAGGCGUUGAAAGCACAGUCAUAGACGGACUAUCGAGCCCACCUGCGAUACUGCGACCGGGUGGCGUCACUGUGGAACAAUUACGGCAAUGCCCAGGAUGGGAGAACGUAGUGGUCGGAUACAAGGAUAAGCAAGCGGAAGACUCGAGCAAACCGCGCGCCCCUGGGAUGAAGUACAGACACUAUAGUCCGAAGGCGUCGGUCCUUCUAUUUGAGGCAGGCGCGAGCCAACCUACAUUGGAGGAGCUCAAGAGCAAGAGGCGCAUUGGUGUCGUUAGGACCAAGAGUUGGGACAAAGUGUUGGGUUUGGGCGCCGAGAAGGUGAAGACAUUGGAUAAGAAUGGACCAGGAAUUUGCGCUUCACCGGACACGGCCGCUUCUUUAGACGUCAACGACUCGCCAUCGCGCCUUUCGAACCUUCUGCGAUCUGUCACUCAGCACCAAAUACCACACGCCGAUCAUUACAUUGUGAAGCCCGAAGCAGUCCAGGUUUGGGAGAUCAAUCUUGGCGCGAAGACUGAGGAUGUUGCCAGAGGCCUAUUCUCAGCACUAAGAGAGCUCGACAAGAAAGGCGUCGAGGUCAUAUAUGUGGAGGGUAUCGACGAUAAGACAGGUGACGAUAUUGCCGCCGCGGUCAUGAACCGACUUAGAAAAGCGGCAGAGAUCAGAACAUGA